AUGGCGGGUGAGGCCUCCAAUGGGUCCGAGGAGACAGAAGUGCAGUUCGUUGAGCACCAGGAGCCGGGCCUACGGCGACGGCUGGCCGCGAAUGGAGGCCACACUGCCGAGCCUCCGAUCUCGAGCUCGCGGCAACCUAGCAAGAUUAGUUGGUGGCGGCGAUCGUGGCAGGACGGCGCGUGGGUGCUGCUAGAGGUGGCGUUGAGCAUCGCGCUCUUCGUGCUCUGCACCAAGGGCGCGCUGGUCGGGCAGAGCUCCGAGGAGAAGGCGAGGAGCUUCAUCCUGCCAGAUGAGCAGGUGGCCCGGAACUGCCAGAAGGCCCUGCGAUGCGUGCUGGUGGUGAUUUGUUUCACCACGCCCUGGCUCCAGAAGCACAAGCUCUUCGAGCGUGCCAACGGCAACUGGCCCAACAUGGUGUUUACCCGCUUCAGCCACGAGCUUUGGCUUCUGCCUUCGGCAGAUGAGAAUCUCGCGGAGCGCGACGGAUGGCUCGACACGGUGAAGUCCAGUUUGAUCCCUGAGAUUUGGCCUUCCUCAGAUGAGGCGCGGGUGAAGAUGCGGCGGGUCACCGCGCUGGUGCUGGUGGUGCUGAUCCGGGCGUUGCUGGGCACGGCCCGGAGCUUCGUGAAGCUCCAGGCGCAUCAGGCGGAGAGCCAGGAGAAGAACAUCUGCUCAGGGCCGUUGCUCGGCUGGAUCAUCUUCUCGCUCGACGUCAUGGCCAACUGCGGCUUCAUCUUGGGCUUCGCCGCGGGCAGGCACUACUUCAAGUCCACCCAGCAGGAGUUCGCAGAGCAGAAAACGUCCGAAGGGCCCAGCGCCACCGAGGUGGCCGCCUGGGCGGCGGAAAGGAACGAGGAGCGCUAUGGCGGUACUAUGCCGAGGGCUCCUCUCGAGACCUUGCGCCGGCCAAUGGAUCAGCCCCGCCAGGGUGACGACGAGGACGAGCAGCUGUCGCCAAAGCAGUGCCAGCUGCCGCUGCGGAAGACCAGUGUCAAGCAGCUGUGCAAGGGGGAGAAGGUGGACCACGGGGAGAUCCUGCGGAGCUACGCUGCGUGGGCUCUGCUGGGGCUGCUGCUGAUCUCGGCCCUCGAGUGCUGGUCCCUCUCGUACUGGGAGGCAGCCAUCCUGGGCAAUCGCGACGACGAGGUCGACGUUUUCAGGAUGCGGCCUUACGUGGUGCGGCACCCCCCGGACUUCUCGCGCUGGCAGCCGCGGCGCGUGAUCGUGGGCAGCUGGCGGGACCUUUUCUACUUCGUGUUCCUGCACCCGAGGGUCUCCUCUGUCUUCAUGGGGGCUGCCUUAGUCGCACACUUUGCCCACACACGGCGAUCUGGCUCACGCCAGUGGUUCCACCUGGUGGACGAACUGCUGCACCGCGCCGUCAUGGGCCUCAUGUCCUACGCCGUGCUCUUGGCGGCGCAGCGCGCCUACUUUGCCGGGCCCUGA